UCCAUCACACACUUCCAGUAGCUAACUACUGCCCACCACUCUUCCUUCGUGCCAGAGAGAAUCAGCAAGCCACGUUCUUGCGUGUGUUGGAUCGGCGUACGUGCGUGCAUGGCGGUGGACGCGGUUCGCGACGUGUCGGCGAUGCCAUCGCCGGCGGUGAGCGAGGAGGAGGAGGGGCAGCUGCGGUGCGACGAGGGGUGGGGCAAGCGGAGGCGCCCGAGGCGCCAGCGGCAGCGCGCGCCCAGCGAGGAGGAGCACCUCGCGCUCAGCCUCCUCAUGCUGGCGCGCGGUCACCGCGACCGGCACCUGCUUGGGCCGUCCGAGCCGGCGCAGGAGCACUGGUGCUCCGUGUGCGGCAAGGGGUUCCCGUCCUAUCAGGCCCUCGGCGGGCACAAGGCGAGCCACCGCCCGAAGCCGGCGCCCGCCGGCGCGGACGAGCCCGCUGCCACGGCGGCGGCGUCGUCAACGACGUCCAGCGGCGCGGGCGGAGGUGGCAAGGUGCACGAGUGCUCCGUGUGCAAGAAGACCUUCCCAACCGGGCAGGCGCUGGGCGGGCACAAGCGGUGCCACUACGAGGGCCCCAUCGGCGCCUCCGCGGUCGCGAGCCGAGGGUUCGACCUGAACCUGCCGGCGCUGCCGGACAUCGUCACCGAGCGCGAGCGGUGCAUGCCGGCGCCGGCCGACGAGGAGGAGGUGCUCAGCCCGCUGGCGUUCAAGAAGCCGAGGCUAAUGAUCCCGGUGUGCGCCGCUAGACGCUACUACCAGUAGCUUUGUCAAACUACUAGUCCGAACUUCCGAAUUCAAUCUUAGCCAACAAAACAUCUCGAUCAGGAAGUAACACUAGCAGUGUUGGCAGUCUCUAGAAUCGAUCAUUGGCCGGCCGUCGGCAUCGUGAAGGAUAUGAACGCAGCGUGCGCGGACCGGGAAAGUGGCAGUUCAGCGACAACGCACGUACCGGGCGGCAGGUGCAAGGGGAAUGUCGAUGGAAGAGACGGAAACCUGAACUGUUUCCACUGAAAAAGAUACGAAGAAAUAGACAGCGGAAGGUGCCACCACAACGGUGCAGCAUGGAACAUUUUUCUAGAGGGCGGCGACGAUCGAUUAUUCGAUGAAAGUCGUGGUACAUCAUGGCCGGGAUGAGCUUAAGUAAGAUGGAUCACAUGCGGAGUCCAGGUCCUCCCGUAUGUCCGGUGCAACUUUGCCAUGUUCGAGGAUUGAAAAUCAAGCUGAUAGCUCAAGUUGGGCGGCCUUGUAUUUCAAACGGGUCAUUCAGCAAUUCAAGAGAUCUGGGGCAUCAAGCCUACAUGAGCAAGGAUUCCCUAGAUUCGAGGCUGUUUUCUGCAAGAUGCAUCGUUUUUUUUUCGAAACGAAGCCUCUUGGCACUUUAUUGCAAAUUUGGGAGUGUUACAUCAUUGAGUACAUGAGGUAAUAGAAAAUUAGGCGGAACAUCAUCCCACUAAAUCAUUUCUUUUGAGUCAUAAGCAUGUCUCGCUAAAACACGUGCCAACUUAUUUGCUUCCCUGGGGCAAUGACAGAAGUGAA